AUGGACGCAGACCUCAUCAAACUUGUGAACAAGCUGCAGGAUACUUUUGCCAACCUUGGGGGCGAGUUGGACAUGCCUCAGCUGGCGGUGGUGGGUAGCCAAUCUGCUGGCAAAUCCAGUGUGCUCGAAACCAUUGUCGGCCGAGACUUCCUCCCUCGGGGCCAAGGCAUUGUUACACGGAGGCCGCUUGUCCUCCAGCUCAUACACACACCCGUGCCGGAAUCGACGCUCGGUUCAUCAGAGCCGACAUACACGGAAUGGGGCCAGUUCCUCCACAUUGACAAGCGAUUCACAGAUUUCAAUGAAAUUCGCCGUGAAAUCGAGCAGGAGACGUUCAGAGUGGCUGGUCAGAAUAAGGGCAUCAGCAAAUUACCCAUUCAUCUACGGAUAUAUAGCCCGGACGUGCUCGACUUGACUUUAGUGGAUUUACCGGGAUUAACAAAGAUACCUGUGGGCGACCAGCCCAGUGAUAUCGAGCGCCAAAUCCGAAGUUUGGUAGUAGACUAUAUCUCCAAGCCAAACUGUGUCAUCUUGGCUGUCUCCGCUGCGAAUGUCGACUUGGCAAAUUCGGAGUCUCUCAAGCUUGCCAGAUCCGUCGACCCCCAGGGCCGCCGAACGAUUGGUGUACUUACCAAACUCGACCUGAUGGAUGCGGGGACGAAUGCCCUCGAUAUCUUGACUGGUCGUGUCUAUCCGCUUAAACUGGGAUUCAUCGGGGUUGUGUGCCGUAGUCAGCAGGACAUCAACGCGUCCAAGAGCAUGUCAGACGCAUUGGAUAGCGAAACCGAGUUUUUCCGAAAUCACCCUGCGUACCGGAAUAUAGCCCACAAGAACGGAACAAAGUACCUGGCGAAGUCUCUCAAUCAGGUUCUGAUGAAUCAUAUACGAGACAAGCUACCAGAUAUGAAAGCACGCUUGAAUACACUCAUGGGCCAAGCCCAGCAAGAGCUCAACUCAUUUGGCGAUGCGGCCAUAUACGGUGAUACUAACCAGCAAGGCGCGCUUGUACUGCGACUCAUGACACAAUUCGCUCGCGACUUCGUAGCUUCCAUAGAAGGCACUAGCGUCGAUAUAUCUACGAAAGAGCUCUCCGGCGGCGCGCGGAUAUACUACAUAUUCAACGACGUUUUUGGAACAGCGCUCGCGUCCAUUGAUUCCACCCACAACUUGGACAACCAGGAUAUCAGAACUGCCAUCCGCAAUUCCACCGGACCACGUCCGAGUCUCUUCGUUCCAGAAAUUGCUUUUGAUUUGCUUGUCAAGCCUCAGAUCAAACUUCUCGAGGCGCCAAGUCUGCGUUGUGUGGAAUUAGUGUAUGAGGAAUUGGUCAAAAUCUGCCACAAUUGCACGAGCGCGGAACUACAACGAUUCCCCCGAUUGCACGCACAGCUCGUCGAACCUUCCUCUGUUCAGUCAGUGAAUGGCGCAGCAUCUCCAGAAGAAGAUGAGGAGACAUCGGAAGACGUCAAUGGGGUCAAUGGGGUAAACGGUCUCCCACCUCGUGAUUCACGCUCUGUGUCGUCGACCGUGCACGACCGCGCGCGAACGACGAUUGGAGCUGCCGGUGAGAUGGUGACCGUCCCGAAGAGGCACACGUCACCAAAACCGCUCCAUGGCACGAUACGCCCACACUCACAGCCGGUCGCUGCGCCAGGGUCGUCGCCGCACUCAGGGACGGCAAAAGAGACGUUCCUGAAUUAUUUCUUCGGUCAGAAUGGCCCGGGUCCGCUCGCGGGUGCCAGUGCCGACCGUGCUGGUGGCCACCCUGGCGGUGCGCCGGCUUCCGUUGGGCGCGACAUCAACGGUGGAGACCCGGCGCUUCAUUCGGGGCUUAUGGCAGGGAAGAGGGAUCUAGAGGGCAACAAUGCGGCGUUUGACAUGAAGAGCCUGGGGAAACACAUUGAGGCGGCAACCGAUGGAGGGCCACAACUCACCAUGCGAGAGGAGAUGGAGACGAACCUCAUCCGCUCGCUGAUUGCUUCAUACUUCAAUAUUGUGCGCCAAACGAUCCAGGAUCUCGUACCAAAAUCUAUCAUGCACUUCCUCGUCAACAAUACGUCUCAGCAGGUACAGAACCGCCUGGUCGCGUCGUUGUAUAAGCCGGAGCUGUUCUCAGAUUUGUUGAACGAGGAUGAAACUCUAGUUGCAGAACGCACCCGUGUCAAGGCCCUGCUAGACGCGUACAAGGAAGCUUUCCGGACCCUUUCAGAAGUUACUCUGAAGUCUACUUAG